CGGGCGCGCUCGAGGCCGGGGCCGGGGCUGAGGCUGGGGCCGGAGCGCGCCUCCCUCUGUGAACGCCGCGGCGCAGCGCGGGCACCACCGAGUGCAGGCGGUCCGCCCUGCUCGCUGCGCGCAAAGAGGCUCUGCAUUGACGUCACAAUGACACGGUGAAGCUGAAGACAGGAGCUGGGAACAGUUUUUCUUCUUCACUUUUGAUAAUCGACUGAAUUUGUCAGCACUUCUUUCCUUCCAGCAUGGCUAAAAGUGCAGAAGUUAAGCUGGCGAUCUUUGGACGAGCUGGUGUGGGCAAGUCAGCUCUCGUUGUACGCUUCCUGACCAAACGGUUCAUCUGGGAGUAUGACCCAACACUAGAGUCUACAUAUCGUCACCAAGCUACCAUUGAUGAUGAAGUGGUUUCCAUGGAGAUACUAGAUACAGCUGGUCAGGAGGACGCUAUUCAGAAAGAAGGACACGUGCGAUGGGGUGAAGGCUUUGUGCUGGUUUAUGACAUCACGGACAGAGGCAGCUUUGAGGAAGUUCUGCCACUUAAGAACUUGUUGGAUGAAGUAAAAAAACCAAAAAAUGUCACCCUGAUCCUGGUGGGGAACAAAGCAGACUUGGAUCACUCCAGGCAGGUCAGCACAGAGGAAGGCGAAAAGCUGGCCACAGAACUAGCAUGUGCUUUUUAUGAGUGUUCUGCUUGCACAGGAGAAGGCAACAUUAUGGAGGCCUUCUAUGAGCUGUGUCGUGAGGUACGGCGUCGAAAGAUGGUCCAGGGCAAGACUCGGAGACGAAGCUCGACCACCCACGUCAAGCAGGCAAUUAAUAAGAUGCUUACCAAAAUCAGCAGCUAAAAAGAGCUGUGCUAAGCCAGAGACGCAUUUUAGAGCAUAUUAGCUUGGAGUAGGGACAAGGCAGGCAGAACACAUUUAAUUAAAAAUGGUCAAAGCUUUGCAAUUUAAAAAAAAAUAGAAAGGACAAACUACACCACUUUUUUUUAGUAACACAGGGUCAGAUUUUUUUCCUGUUUUAAAAUUACUUAGCCACACUGCUUCUGGCUAACAUGGUGAACUAGAAAAGAAAAAAGAAAAAAAGAAAAAAAAGCGACCUCCAAAGGACUAUAUGAUUGUGGGGAUUGACACUGACAUCUUCUGCUUCUACAAGGCUGGCUCCAAUCCCCUGCAAAUCAGUAGUGCCUAAACAUUCCAGCCAGCCAGCUACUCAGUAGCCAUUGGAGAAUAAGAUUCAGCCCUCAGACCAUCAACAACCGUCACAACUGGGGAGGCUGUUGUGUUGUACCAGAAAGUUCAUCUGACACCUCUCACUUGCUCUAAAUUGGUGCAUUGUGUGAUUUUACUCCAAACCAUCCUUCCUUGUUCAUUUUGUCAAAUCUAUGAGUGCUGAUGUUCUUAGCAAGGUAUACAAAAAACACAGCAUGGAGUGCUUAGCCAGCAAGAUACACAUUUCAACAGUGCUGAAGUUCAGAUGCUUUUCCACAUCCUCUGAAACUGCAGAAUUCAUCAAGAAAUAGUCAGCUAGUCCAGUGACAUUUCAGCAUUUCCCCCUCAAAGUGCAAUACUGUACUUGGGGAAGCAGGAGUGUAUGUGUUGGGAAAUCAAACUAAAAAGAUAACCACCUUACUAUUGAUCUAGUUAUGGAUAGUUUUUAGCUUUUGUUUACAUUUUUGUUUUGGUCUUAUUUCAAUUCAAGUAGUCCCUCUUACUCUAGCUUGUACCGAAGAAGAAUUGAAUCCAUGGCAAGGCUAUUAUCUGAAGUCUAAGCCCAAAUGUAAAUCAGAUGUGUAUGGCCAUAUCAAAAGGCCAUAAUUUCCAGCUGUUCAAACUCCCAGGUGUUGCUUGAAGCACUCUGUGGUUUAAACUAAAACAUUUUUUUGGUGACUCUUAUCUGGCACAUUGAAGUUAAAGUGCUUUUUAUCAAGUUUUAGUGCCUGUAGUAAAAGAUGUCCAGUUUUUCUCCUCCCUCCUUCUCCCUUAUGUGGCUCAUUUAAGCCAGUUGUCAAGUUUUGCCUCCUAUCUACUUGUUUUUUUAACCAUAUACAAAGAGAUGCAAGAACCAAGACUGGAAGAUUUUAAUUCAGCUUGUGCUGGUCGCCACCAGUUGUGUUGCCUCCCUUUAGGCAGUGUGGUGUGCAGCUCAGGCUGGCAUCAUGUAGAACCAGAGCCAAAGGUUGGGAUGACAAAUGAGAAUAUUAUUAGUAUUUUCCCUUGAGGAACAGAAGAUAUUUGGUUGAAUCAUACUUUAUAUAGUUAAAGGUAGUCAUGUAAGUGGUGAAAUAGGCUGGAGAAUCAAGCCUGUAUAUCCCUGUUAAUGAAGUCCUAAGUCAGGACUUUUUUCAAAAAUACUUAUUUAAAAAUACUUUACCGAAGUCUGGGUUUUUUUUUAAAACACUCCCUUUUACUAAACCAGCAUCAACGAACAUUGAGAUGUAGAUUCUUGUUUGUGCUGUCAUUUAUUCUCUAUGUUUCCUUAUUCUAGAUAGUGAAAAUUCAUUUCACUCUUCUGGAACCAGUGUCUGUAUUUUAGUUCUCAUAUUCAUAUAAGUUGCUGUACAUCAGCUGGACACGCUGCAAUGGAAACUUCACCAUGGGCUUCUGGGCAGAGGGUUCUUGCAACAGGUGAUAUCACUGUCUCUGUGAGACACCUGUUCCCAAAUUAUUGUAAUAUUUCUAACUUUUUGGCCUAGCAGUAUUGGAAAAUCAAUACAAAUGUGAAGUAAAGAGCUAGGGCUUGUUCACUCUCCAGCAGUCAUGAGCUGAAAGUCUGAACUUGCAAAUGCGUAUGUUACAAUAUUAGGAGCCAGAGUGAGUGCUUGCAGGUUGAGGCACUAAGUCAUUCUGUUAUCUUUCAAAUCGGUGCUGUUGCACGAAUCUGAAGUAAACAAAAUUCUUACCUGCAAUCCCAUGGCAACGUAGCUAAGAGGAAAGUCUUUAUGUCUCUAUACUAAACAACAGAUUUAGCCCUAAGACAACUUCAGCAGUUCUUUUAUCUGAGAAACUUUCUUGCAAUCAGGGUUGAACUGCAUUUAAAAUACAAAAAGGUAAUAUGUGAAUGACAAGAGAAAAUAUCUAUAUUCAUCUUAGGAGAGUCAAAAGGAAGUAGAGGCUAAGUAAUAGCCUUAUACUUUUCAAAAGAAUCAUGGCAAACUGUAUCUUCCUUUUUAAUGUCUGUAUGGAGAAAUUAUAAAAUCCCGGUAAAAGAAAAUGUUGCACUGUGCAAACAUGACUUGUUACAUAAAGAAGCUCUAAUAAAAAUAGUAACAUUCCUUUGCAAAGACUGAAUUUGGAAGCUGCCGAACAUGAUAAACACUCGAUCAAAAGGAGACUGCUGUUUUGUGACCUUUCCUCCCACACAAACACAAAUUUCUUGAUUUAAUUGACAUUAAUUUUUCUCCUUGGUGGAAUGGGCUGCUUGUCAAGCCAGUUACAAUAUAGUGUAUUAUAAUCUGUUGAUACAUGUUACGUAAUCUUAAAAGCAAUUGGAUUUACUGUUGCUCACAGCACUGCAACAUAUUUUUGGCUAUGCUAUAAACGUGUCAUAUUUCUACAGUGUGCAAAUUGAGCCAAAAAGUGGCCAAGCAUUGAAAAUGUCAAAUGCAACAGGAACUCACAUUUGGUAGCCUUUCUGCAGCAGACAUCAACAGUUUAAAUUCUGUUUCUUCUGCUGCUAUUUAAAUGUACAUACAUGACACAAACACUAAAUUCCUCUCCUGUGGCAUUACCGUUUCUGUGGAGAGAGGAUGGGAAGGACGAUAAACAAAAGGGGGGAGGAAAGGUGAAAUGCAUACUUGUUACCUACAAGUUGAUUAUCAUUUAUGAAGUUUUUAAAUAUUUAUCUUCAAUUGAUGAAGAGUUAGUCAUGCCCAUGCUGCAAGACCUGGAUCAGGAAUCAGGAACCAAGACUUCCCUGGAACUUGAGAAUCUUCCUAUCAGGGGAUUUGGUGCAACCAGGAAUGGAAAUGAGGAUCAGACACUGAGUUUGCACCCAGAUCCAGACAAUCUGUCCCCAAACCUGGGGAUAGUUGCAUCUGGCAGUUUGCUACAAGGCUAGUUGAUUUUUAUAUAUAUAAUGAUCUGUAUGCAUUUU